UGUGUGUGUGUGUGUGUAUCAGACUCAAGCCGUGGCUGUGUUGCAAAGCUGUCGUUCUCGUGCCCUCUAAAGGGGCAUUACUGUCUCUAUACCAAGUCCUGUUUCACCCUCACCAGCCUCCAGCCACACCUCUGGAUCAACAUCAUGCUGCUUCACCUACAGAGUAAGCACAGCGCUCCCCUCUCCUCUCUGGAUGACUGUGUUCAGAGGUUGGGGAGACUGUGGGAGAGGACCCAGCUAAAAGGAGCUCACGGCUUCUCCAUGGCCAUGACACAGCAGCCCACUCCACACAGAAAGGACCUGGACAGUCUGCAGAUCCAUCUGGAGGAGGUGCGUUUCUUUGACCUGUUUGGCUUCAGUGAAGAGGAGGGCAGCUGGCUCUGCUACAUGUGCAACAACCCAGAGAAGGCCACAGUGGUGAACGAGGAUGGCCAGCCGCUGAUAGAGGGGAAACUGAAAGAGAAGCAGGUUCGCUGGAAGUUCAUCAAGCGCUGGAAGACUCGCUACUUCACCCUGGCAGGAAACCAGCUCCUCUUCCGGAAGGGAAAAUCUAAGGAUGAGCUAGACGACAGCACCAUCGAGCUGAGCAAAGUGCAGAGCGUCAAGGUGGUGGCUAAGAAGCGGCGUGAGCGGGGUCUCCCCCGGGCCUUUGAGAUCUUCACGGACAGUAAGACGUACGUCCUGAAGGCUCGUGAUGAGAAGCAUGCUGAGGAGUGGCUCCAGUGUAUUAAUGUUGCCGUGGCCCAGGCCAGAGAGAGAGAGAACAGAGAGGCCACCACCUACCUGUGACCUUAUGACCUGGAAGAUAUUCUACUGUGACCCGUUCCUGACCCAGAAACACAACAUACAGCCCCGCACUACUGUACCAUCUACUAACAACAGCUGUGACGUCCACUGUUUCUGGUCAUCUGACAGGCCUGUGACGUCCACUGUUUCUGAUCAUCUGACAGGCCUGUGACGUCCACUGUUUCUGAUCAUCUGACAGGCCUGUGACGUCCACUGUUUCUGAUCAUCUGACAGGCCUGUGACGUCCACUGUUUCUGAUCAUCUGACAGGCCUGUGACGUCCACUGUUUCUGAUCAUCUGACAGGCCUGUGACGUCCACUGUUUCUGAUCAUCUGACAGGCCUGUGACGUCCACUGUUUCUGAUCAUCUGACAGGCCUGUGACGUCCACUGUUUCUGAUCAUCUGACAGGCCUGUGACGUCCACUGUUUCUGAUCAUCUGACAGGCCUGUGACGUCCACUGUUUCUGAUCAUCUGACAGGCCUGUGACGUCCACUGUUUCUGAUCAUCUGACAGGCCUGUGACGUCCACUGUUUCUGAUCAUCUGACAGGCCUGUGACGUCCACUGUUUCUGGUCAUCUGACAGGCCUGUGACGUCCACUGUUUCUGGUCAUCUGACAGGCCUGUGACGUCCACUGUUUCUGGUCAUCUGACAGGCCUGUGACGUCCACUGUUUCUGAUCAUCUGACAGGCCUGUGACGUCCACUGUUUCUGAUCAUCUGACAGGCCUGUGACGUCCACUGUUUCUGAUCAUCUGACAGGCCUGUGACGUCCACUGUUUCUGAUCAUCUGACAGGCCUGUGACGUCCACUGUUUCUGAUCAUCUGACAGGCCUGUGACGUCCACUGUUUCUGAUCAUCUGACAGGCCUGUGACGUCCACUGUUUCUGGUCAUCUGACAGCUGUGGGGCAGCGAAGACUGAUAUCCAGACAUCAUUACCAGAAUUUUGUCAUACAUUUAUAUAGGGUAUUGUUUCAGUAUUUACAGCAAUAAGGAUCUUACUAGCAGUAUGGACCUUCUAUUUCCAGCAAUAACAAUCUACAUAGUAAACCUAGCAAUAAGAGCUCAAUAUGAACAGCAUGAGAAAACCAUCUUGCCCCAGACAGUGAAGAUGAAAAACCCCAAAUAGAUAGCAUAUGAGAGCGUUUUACAGCAAACAAACAGAUUUACUGUUAUUAGCAUUUAGCAGUAUCAUUUAUUAAUAUACCGUCAUUUAGCAGUAUCAUUUAUUAAUAUACCGUCAUUUAGCAGUAUCAUUUAUUAAUAUACCGUCAUUUGGCAGUAUAAUGUAUUAUUAUACCGUAAUUUAGCAGUAUACUUUAUUAAUAUACUGUCAUUUAAAAAGUGGUAUUACACUCACCCAGUGGGUGUAAUAUAGUGAGCUACAAAAGUAUUGAGAAAGUUACAAACGCACAAAUAUCAUACCUCCAAGACAUGCUAACCUUUCACCAUUACAAUA